UAUGGCCUUACAAAACGAUUUUCGGAAUAAUUACAUCCCUCACCUUGACCGCCACUCUUCUUCAUGUACAUGGGAUCAAUUCUGCGAGCGGCUUUAUCAGGCGUUGUGGCGAAAGGGUGGAGGCUACUAUGCAAGUUCGGAUGUGCUCCACGAAUUAUAUGCAUCUUCAAAAAUCUGUGGAAUUGUCGUGGCAUCACAACAAGGAUUUGCUUCUUUUGAGGAUCUUCUACAUUCGCCCGUGCUGGACCAUGUGGUUACAAUUGAGAAGGUGCCGCCUACAGAAACUCACAAUUUUACUACGUAUCGUUACUUGCCGGCACUCAAUAAUAAUUUUCAAAAUGUCAGACGUCAUACUCGACAAAAGAAAUCAGAUAUUUGUAUUACUGAUUCCUCGGAGGAGCAAGAAGGAACAAUCAAUUGUAAGACAGAAGAUUUGGAAGAAUUCUUUAAAGAAGAGAAUAGCUCAUCCAACAGCAGUCAAAACGGGACCAACAAACUAUUCGAAAACGAAGAUUCUGAAUUAAAGGGAGAGGAAAAGAAUGUCAAUAAGAUGCGAAAGAAUUCUGAAAAGUUGAAAGGGAAGAAUUACUGA